CGAGUGACCGAGACUCCUCGUUUCAUGUGAUGAGUAGUGCAUGCGAGGAUUCGUGUCCUUGGACAAACUAUCUGUCGGAGGCGAUCAAUAGAUGCGUGGUCAACUUGUUAACGUUACUGUCCGAGACUUUCGGGUUAACCUACAAUUCGAACGACGUCGUUAUCGAUGACGAGGCGUCGUUAAAGUUCCGCGAAUUUUUCCACGAAUUAGUAGCGUUGCUAUCGUUCGACGAGUUCCAGCUACAGCUGCUCAAAAUCUUCCUAUUGACAUUUGCUUUUAGCGUGGCAUUGAUCUUUGUUGCUUGGCACAUUUACGGCUCCCGAAUCACGGAACAAUUUAUGAAAGCGGGUAAUCUCUCAGCGAGAAGUGUAUUCCGAUAUCACGUAUAUAUCGAGAUAUCUAAUUGAACGUAGUAAUGAUUAUGGAUUGGUUAAAAAGCUGACUGAAAAGCUUUUCGAGCAGGUUCAAGUAAUUUCAAGUAAUUUUAUGUUUCAGGUGUCUCCGCGGAAGAUUGCAGUCUAUCGCUCUAGUAAGACGUUGGAUAUCGUUGCUCUAAUUAUUUAUUAGACAUGGC